AUGGCGAGUACGAUGAAAGCGGCCGGGCUGACUCUCCCCAUUGCCGGGUUUGCUGGACAUUAUGUUGUACAAGAUUUCAGACACCUGGAGCCUCAAGUGAAGCAAGCUAUAUAGACCCUGUCAAAGUAGGCAUUUGACAGUUAUUACAAAGGUGCUUUUGAACCCAAAAUGACUAAACGGGAAGCCGCCCUGGUGUUGGGAGGCAGCCUGACUGCAAAUAAAAUGAACAUAAGAGAAGCCCACAGACGGAUUAUGCUGCUGAACCACCCUGACAAAGGCGGAUCUCCAUACAUCACAGCAGGAAUGUAUUCUGCCAAAAUUAAUAAAGCCAAGGAUCUGCUGGACGGACAGACAAAGAAAUAGCCGAAUGCUCUGGACUUUUCUUUUCUAAAUUCCUUAUAGUCAUUAUCUGGAAGAAUGUAAUCUCCAUU